AUGAACGACACAAUCGAACAAAUCCGCCAAGAGUACCGAGCCUCGCUCGCCGACCUGACCAUCAACUCCCGGCCCAUCAUCACCCAUCUGACCAUCAUUGCUCGCGAAAAUGCCCAUGCUGCGCCUGGCAUCGUCCAAGCGAUCGAGGCUCAAAUCCAGAAUGCUCGACCAAGGUUCAAGCUGCCGGCGCUGUACCUGAUGGACUCAAUCUGCAAGAACCAUCCUGAGCGCUAUGCCGAGCUGUUCUCCCACAAUCUCGCUCGGUCAUUCAUCUCAUCCUACGAGGUCAUGGAUCUUGCCGACCGCGAGAAGAUGCGUCGGCUCUUCAGCACCUGGCGCCAGCCUGCAAAGCCCAUCUUCCCCCUCAACGUGCUUGCCCAGAUCGACAACUACCUGCGGCACAGCAGCUCAAACGGCAUGCCGCGCGGCCCUCAGCCGCCCCAAGAUCCCCGCAUGGUACGUGACUCAGCCGGUACCAGAUUCCAGCCGCAAGGCAUCCACGUCAAUCCGCACUACAUGCCCGGACGACACGACAACGCCCCUCCCUCCCGUCACCGCGAUGCACGCCCGGCUCCGUACCCGAACCCUGGAUUCGACGCUAGACCCAACCCGAAUCCCCGCGGUGCCCCGCCAAUGCCCAUGCCCAUGCCCGUGCCCGUGCCCUCGCCCCAGAACGGCCCCGUUGAUCCCAUGCAAAUGGCAUGGUUGCCGGGCCAAGGAGCCCUGCUCCAGGAUAUCAGUCGACUGCUGGAGACCAAGCAGCAGUAUGCCCUCAUGAAUCCCAUGGAUUCACUGAAUAAUACACAGAUUCAGCUUCUGACCGAGCUUCUGCGAUACGUCGAGUCUGCGCCGCUUUCGCCAAUGGCAGUCGCAGACAUUGCCGAGAGGCUGCGGCAACUCAACCUGAUGGAUGUACGGCCAGGCGCAAGCACCAUGGUCCCGGCGCCCGACUCGAUGCCUGUGCCGAUUCCUGGCCCUGGCCCCGUUCCUGUUCCAGCCCCUGCGCCAAUGCCCAUACCCAUGCCCGUCCCUGCCCCCGUUCCUGUCGCCAUUCCCGCUCCAACUCCAUCAUGGGCGCCCAACUCGGCUAGAAAUCGACCUGUUCUCACGUCCGACCAGCUACCGAAACUAGAUCUGAGAAGCGAAGUAAUCGCCCAACGCAUCCCAGGUGCCGCGGACAUCAUUUACGAUGCACUGGAGCUUCAAUGCAAGCAGUGUGGACUUCGAUACCCACGCAAUCCGGCCUCGAAAGAGAAAAUGGAUCUCCACCUCGACUGGCAUUUCAGACAAAACCGCCGUGCCAAAGAAAAGGGCAAGAAGUCUGUCUCGCGGGACUGGUACCUCGGUGAACAGGACUGGCUGGACGAGCGAGAUGUACCCAUCAAAACCAAUGUCCAGUCCUUCUUCUUCCCGACGGAGAAGCAGGAAGACGUCAAACCCGAAGAGAUCGUCAACAUCCCUGCGCUCGGCGACGACGAGUUCUGCACUGUGUGCAAAGAGAAGCUCGAAAAAGUCUGGGACGACGAGCAGGAACUGUGGAUGCUCAAGGAUGCCAUGCGCAAGGACGACAAGGUCUACCAUCCCUCGUGUUUCCAUGAGGCAGCUUCGUCAUCAGGGUCCCGAACACCCCCUCCGGAACCCAUAGCGACAGGAGCCUCAAGCACCACCGCCAAUGCGGCCGACAUCGGUCCCGCCAAGAAGCGCAAGCUCGAGGACGAGGCAGAUCCGUCAUCUCGCAAAUCGCCGAUGCUGGGCCAAGCGCCUGGUGGCGCAGCGUCCUUUUCGGGGGCCGAAAGCACGCCCCUGGUGCCAAAUCUGGCGGGCCUGUCAUCGCUGCUUGCUGGCCUGGAGCCCUCAAGCGCGCCAGCAUCGACAGCUGUGAUGACCAGCAUCACAACGGACCAAUGA